UUUUAAUGAUCCAGCGCAGUCAUGGUGUCUCCAAGUUCGUUCACAUUUGCGAAAAAGCGACGUCGUCUACACCCAGUCUUUGAUCCAGCGUUAUGGCUCUUUCAUGGGUCUAACUCAAGCGCCCAUCGAUUUGAAAAAUGCACAUAAUAUCUUCACUAUUUUCGAAAUUGGCAUUAAUUAUAAUGAUGAAGUAAAUCAGAAAUCUGAUCGAAUUCUUUUUACAAAAUUUACUGGUUUGAAAAGUAAAUUCGCGCUUAUGUCUAGGAAUUACAUUGGAAAUUCUACUAUGGAUCCUGAACUUGCUUUCAUACAAGCAAAUUUAGUUUUGGCUAGUCCAGGGAGUCUUUUGAUCGAUCCAUUUUGUGGAACUGGUGGUAUUUUAUUAUCAGCAGCUUAUUUCUGUUCUCACGUGCUUGGAGUGGAGAUUAAAUGGGAUGUAGCCAAAGCAAAGGGAAAAUCAUCAAGAGUUGGAGAAGGGUUACUUGGAAGCGACCAAUCAGUAAGAGCAAAUUUUUCACAAUAUGGUUUGAGUGAUGGCCGUUAUUUGGGUGUUAUCUUAGCCGAUUCGUCAAAACAUAAAAUGUGGCGACAUUCUGGGUUUUUCGAUGCUAUUCUUGCAGAUCCUCCAUACGGAAUUAGGGAGCGUGGACAAAAAUUGGGUGUUAUGCACCAAGAAGUUAAUCAGCAAAAGCAGCGACACAGAAAUUAUCCAGAAAAACAGCAAUAUCAAAUUUCUUCAGUAUUUUUGGAUCUUAUGGAUUUAGGUGUUCGCUUAUUACGUAUUGGUGGUCGGUUGGCCUUUUGGUUUCCAGUGUGUAAAUCAGAGUAUUCAGAGAAAAUUUUGCCCAGAUCCGACUGUCUACGAUUGGUUUACAAUUGUGAACAACCAUUACAAACGAAUACAGCAAGGCGGUUACUUGUUUAUGAAAAAAUAAAACAUUCUUUGGUCUCGGAAAAUGAUGUAUUGCUCGAGAAGGCUUAUGUUAUUGAUAAUUGUUACAGCAGAGAAUCUUUUCGUGAAAAAAUAUUUAAAAAUUCUAGUUAG